AAUUUGCAAAGAUAAUAGUAUUGGAAACUCUAAAGAGAAAAAUUACAAAUUUAGUUAUUGAAUCAGUUAGACAAUCUGAGAAUAUUAACUAUGAUACUAUACCAGAAGCAAAUAUUAAUAAUAUUACAUAUGUUGAAAUUGAUUGUCUUAAUAUAGAAAAUCUUAUUGAACAAAAAAUUAAUGAAUUAACACCCAAUGAGUAUAGCAAUAUAACUUCAGAUAUGAUAGCUAAAAAUAUUGCUGCUAUUAUUAUUACUAAAAUAGAAAGCAGUGAUGAUUAUUUAUAG